UUUUAUUAUUCUACACAUAUUGAGAGAGAGAGAGUCACAAGAAUUACGACACUAAACCAAACCCAUUCCCCAGAAAGAGAAAGAAAGAUAGAGAGAUUAUAUAUAUAUAUAUAAAAGAUGGGAGACGUACGGAGGAUUGUGGUGGUCGUAGAAGACAAAGAAGCGGCGAGGACGGCGUUACAAUGGGCACUUCACAACCUCCUCCGCCAAGGUGACGUCAUAGUCCUCCUCCACGUCUUCUCUCCUCCUCCCUCCCGUAAGAAGAAAUCCACGGCGGCCCGUAACCUCCGCCGCCACGGUUACCAUCUCGCACUCUCUUUCCGUGAAAUCUGCGACUCUUUCUUCAACACGCAUACGGAGAUCAUCGUGAGGGAAGGAGAAGAUGAUGGAAGAAUGAUUGCUCAAGUUGUUAAAGAGAUUGGUGCUUCCAUGCUUCUCGUUGGUCUCCAUCAGCACAGCUUUCUUUACAGAUGGGCAAUGAGUGGGAUUGACGUAGCAAGAUACUUUGAUUGCAAAGUGAUGGCUAUAAAGCAGCCUUCUUCACCGGAACAGUUGACUCCGGCCAAGGUUAAGGGACACAAGACCUCGCCCAGCACAGCUACAUCAGACAGUUUAACUAAUUUUGACUUUUCACAAGUUGAAAUUUCUGGAUUACAGGUUCCUGAGGUUCCGACACCACCUAAAGUGCCGUACAGGUUAUGUCCGAGUCCUCAUGCUAUACUGUGGAGAACGAGACCCCGGAGGAGAUCUAAAGACCAAUACGGUGUCGUUUCCUAGUUUCGAGAUUUUUGUUUUAUAUAAAAGGAAAAAGCAAAACUUUACUCUCAAAUUUAUUUGUUUUUGUCAAAGAAACAAUUUUUUUUUUUACUCAAAUACAAAAAGAAUCAUUCCAAAUUCCAAAUCACAUUAUUCUUGAACAAUGAACAACAAAUUUCACAUGCCAUCGUUAGAGAUAUAAAGAAGAAUGAUGAUAGUUUAUGUUAAAUACUACUAAGCUUUCCCUCUCCCCCUGUAAACUGUAUCUGUAGUUUUGUAUGCUAAUAAAUAUUCUAAACA